AUGCUUCCUCCGCAGCCAUUCUACGCGCCAGUCUACAAGGUCCGUUGCUCUCAAGUUGGUAGCAGCGGCAGGCAUUACAGCUGCAGACUCCUGCCGAAGCAUCUGCACGCUAACCACGAAAGAAGACGGGUCCUCCUCGUCUUCAACGAUUUCCCGGAGCCCGAGUGCAAGCACGACGAAAUGACGGUAACCCUCAAGAUCAACGAUGCCAAGUUCUACGGCGUGCCUCUGAAGAUGCUCCACAUUACGGGUCAUGUCUCUGCCACAGUGAACGACAUCCGCAUCAAGAGCUGCAGCGUACCUGACGGGUUGUGUGACGGGUACCUGACGGUUCACGUCGUCAACAAGACACCGGAGCACGAAUUGGUUCGGUGGUGUGGGGACGAUCAUCUGAAGGGAAUGGACAACGUGGCCUCUACACAUGACUUAGUGAAGAAGGCGGUUGGGGAUGAAAACACUGAGGACAUAGUCGUGGACUUCAUUACGCUGGCCCUCACCUGUCCCUUAUCGAGGACUAGAAUUAAGGUGCCGUGCCGCGGCCCCAGAUGUUCCCACGUCCAGGCUUUCGACGCGAUGGCCUACCUCGAAAUGAACGAAAGCACCCUCCGGCCGUUGUGGCGCUGUCCAGUGUGCGAUCAAAGUAUCAAGGUAGAAGAGCUUAGGAUCGACCUGUUUGCACUCGACCUUCUGGGUCGCAUUGACUCUUCCUGCGGCGCCGUAAAACUUUUCCCGGGUGGCAGGUGGACGCCUGUAGUAAAACCUGUCGACGUUAUCCUAAUCGGCGAUAGCCCUAUAAAACCACCUGACGUCGACCGAAAUCUUGACCUUUCGGUAAUUGACCUGACAUCGGACACUUCUUCGAAUGAAGAUGACUAAGUGGUAUGGCAGAUCCAUCGUUCGUUUUAUGUCCCUAAGAGCCUCCAAAACCUAAAUAUUUUAAAGAAUGGUUUUUUCGCCUUUUUGUUUAAGGAGACCCUAAACGGCAUCACUCAGUGAUACCAUCGUUUAUGUAUUUCUUGAGCGUUUUUUGAACUUGUAUUUUUACGUUAGAAUGUUUUGGUCUCUUUUUGUUUCAGCUACACAGAACGAUUUUAGUUACAGUACGGUGCCUGCAACGCGCCUCCGACUUAUGUGUUUACCGCGUCCCCAAAAAAGUGGU